AUGUACUGGCCCAUUGGAGCUCCACGGAUAUAUGCCGCGAGCAACAUCAAAGCAGCUAAAGAGCGCAUCUUCGAAUUCGACGAUGAUGCGGAAUCGCGCGAAACAACAGAGGGUAGUGGGUCUCUAGUAGACGCUCCGAGCGCUGCGUCAGAAGAUAGAGCAAACGACGAGCUCCAAUCGUCAAAUCCUAUCCCUUUGACUCCUAUUACUCCAGGCAUUAAACCAGUCGAGCAUGCUUCAGAACAUAACCUUUCUACGCGACUGUCCAGCCGGGAUGCUUCGUUUUCUAGAUCUGCCGAUACCGAGCCACUGCUUGCUCUUAGAAUUUCACGGACUGGGCACCUCUUCGCUGUCAUUACUUCGACGUCGUUGACCAUAUGGCAAACAAAGCCAACUGCUAUCUUAGCUGUAGUGGUCCGCUCUAGAAAAUCCCUGAACACCUAUGGCUCGAACGUAUCACUCCUCGUCCGUCCCGAUUCGGCCAUAUUCGUCGUCCAGACCACUCACGGCUAUCUAAUUACAUACACCCUAGCUACGGACCCGGAUGCUCGGGUAUAUAGGCCUCGAUUCUCCAGCCAUACGAAUGGCCAUGCUCGGAGGCAAAGCAAUUUCAGUGGAACAAGAAACCAGGAGGGAAGAAACCAAGGGGGGGACAGAAUUCUAUGGGGACCAGGUGAGGGCGGGGGAGUAAGAGAAGUAAGCGUUCGAUUUCGGAUGGUCAUAAAAGUUGAUGCUGGCAUUGGGAAAGCAUUGGCUCUCGAUGAGGAGCUUGUGGUUGCGACUCAAAAGCCAGCGGCCGUGCAAUGUAUCAGAUGGACGCCUGACAGCGCUGGGAAUCAGACAAGCACUGAACUCUUCAGUCGCAUGGAGUGGCUACCGAAAAAGACAAACGUAACAGAGAUGAUUCAUGAUAGACCAAUGAACUUGUCUUGCUGGAUCACAAGCGAUGGAAAGGCAUAUGCUGUUCAACGGCUCCCUCAGUCCAGAACGACCGAUGGCCCCCAAAGACUUUUCCGCGGCUACUGUUUCCAUACCCCGCAGUCCACCGACCUAUCUGCAACUCAUGCAUCCAUCAAUGCUAGAUUUUCUUUGAUUGCUAUUGGAUGCGCCGACGGCACCAUCCAAAUAUAUACCGCAAGAGAUUAUGUUGGGAACAUACCAUCGUCACAUGUUCACAAGGCAUCAGUUUCAAGGCAAUCUUCAGGCCCACUGACAUGCUUGACAUAUUCUCCUGAUGGGUACUGUCUAUUUGCUGGAUAUGAAAACGGGUGGGCUACAUGGAGCGUCUUCGGCAAGCCAGGGGCUACCAGCUUUGGUAUCGACCGGAGAAUCUCCCGGGACCACGAAGAAGGCUGGCUAGACGGAGUCAAGGAAGCUACGUGGCUUGGGGGUGGUUCGGAAAUACUGAUAAUCGGCAACCAGGAUGACCGGAUAUGGACGGUGGAGAUGGCUCGAAGUGCAGUCACUGGAUGCUACACUUCAGCCAAUAUAUCUCGAACACUAUUGCAGACUACAUCAAGCAUCAUGGUCUAUCGCGGUUACGAUUUACCUGACCUGACAACCAUUUCGGCCGAAGCCUCAUUAUGGCACACUGCACAGAUACCAUCCAGCUACCUAGUGGACCAGUGGCCGAUACGUUCCUCUGUUAUAUCUUCUGAUGGCAGAUAUGUUGCGGUGGCAGGCCGUCGGGGGCUGGCGCAUUACAGCGUCAACAGUGGUAGAUGGAAAACGUUCGUCAACGAGAACAUGGAAAACGAAUUUCAGGUACGGGGAGGGAUGUGCUGGUACCAGCAUAUUUUAGUCGCUGCUGUAGAAGCUGGAGACUUUUUUGAGCUCCGACUUUACUCUCGUGAAGCCGCCCUCGAUAAUUCUCUAGUACUUCACAUUGAGACAUUGCCAUCCCCUGUCGUUCUCAUUGCCCCAUCUGGCGAAGACUCGUUACUAGUCUAUACCUACGACAACCUUCUUUAUCACUACAUCAUUACUGCAACUGCAGACACAGUAAAACUUAUCCAGGUCGGUCAAAUUGCCUUUCAUGGUAUUGUGAGAUCGCCUGCGCGAGUGAGAGGACUUAGUUGGAUCUUGCCUGAUGAUCAACUUCUCGACGGAGACCCCUCACAAGAUGUUGCUGUCGCAACAGUGCUCUUUCUGGUUGAUGGUAAACUCGUUCUGCUCCAGCCAUCGUUAGAUGAGGAGCAGAAAUUGAAGUACGACAUGCGUAUCAUUGCACAAAAUGUCGAGUACUACGCACUUAUGAGAGACCUGCCUUUCGCAAGCCCACCUAGAGACUCGGAGGAAUUAUUGACUGGGUUCAAUGGAGACCAAGCGGGUACUGAAGAAGGAAAUGGCCUCAGAGACUCCCUUUGGACAUUUGAGGGAACCGACAUGAAGGUUUGGACGGACGUCCAGGAUGUGCUUCGAUCUGCUCCCACAGAACUUGGCCGAGAGUUACCUCCUGUGGUCUCGAUACCAAUCGACUUCUACCCGCUGUCCGUCUUACUUGGUAAAGGUAUACUUCUUGGCCUUGAGCCUGACCUUGUCCAACGCCGUGACGUGAAUUUUGCUUUCUUCAAGUUCACAAUACGGACACAUCUAUUCAUUCCUCAAGUUCUUCGAUUUCACCUGUCUAGAUUCGAUUCAUCGUCGGCACUGCAUCUAGCUCAGCAGUACCAGCAGCUGGAGUAUUUUGCCCAUUCUCUGGAGAUCCUACUUCACAACGUUCUUGACGAAGAAGUCGACACUUCACCAACACCAGAAACUGCUCUCUUACCAGGUGUGCUGUCGUUCUUGUCCUCGUUUCCCGAGUAUCUGGAUAUCGUUGUACAAUGUACUCGCAAGACAGAAGUGCGAUCAUGGCGCACAUUAUUUACCUAUCUACCGCCCCCACAGGAACUCUUCGAGGAAUCACUCCAAAGGGGUUCGUUAAAAACAGCAGGCGGCUAUCUGCUAAUCUUACAUACAUUUGAGGAGCUGAGCUCGAGUUCAGAGCAACUCGUGCGUUUACUUUCGAGAGCUAAGGAUGAAGGUGACUGGGAGUUAUGCAAGGAACUUGCGCGGUUCCUAACGGCGUUGGAUGAAAGUGGGGCUACAUUGAUGGAAGCAUUAGAAAUGGUCAAUCUUAGAAGCCCCCGAGAUGAGCGCGAAACAAGCAGUUUCAUGUUCGAGGGGACGCGACUCAAGGUGCCACGGCCGCCUAGGCGUGCUGUGCAAAGUAUGAAUGGAAGCCGAAGCAGCGAUGAUGAACAGUCAAGUAAUGGUAGUGGUCGCAGUCCUCUGAGUGGCGGUCCAGCAGAUUAUUUUUCUUCCAUUAGCGGUGAUGAUGAGCAGUAG